GAGCCGAGGAGAGUAAAUACAACAGGAGCGCAAAAUGGCGGAGCCGCCGAGCCCCAUGCACGGCGCCGCCGCCGCCGCCGUCUCGGAAAAAGAAGCCUUGGGCAAGCUGCAGCCCCCUUCCCGGGACCCGCCAGGUCCUCUGUCCGCCAAGAAGGUCCGGACUGAGGAGAAGAAGACGCCGCGGAGACUGAACGGAGAAGGGAGCAGCGGCGGCCACAGCAGGCAGCUGCAGCCGCCGGCGGCACCUUCGCCUCAGAGCUAUGGCAGCCCCGCGGCGUGGAGCUUCGCCGCUCUGUCAGCCGCCCCCUCGCCGUCCUCUGCUCGCAGCGGGUUCUCGUUCUCCGGCAGCCCGGGGUUGCCCUCCUCAGCCGCCGCCGCCGCCGCCUCGUCCCAGCCGCUGCCGCGCAAACUGCUGCUGCCUCCUACGCUGCUGCACGCGCAGCCCCCGCGGCUGCUGCUGCCGCCCGCCGCCGCCGCCGCCGCCGCCGCGUCCCCGGCCGGCGCCAAGCCGCCGCGCAGACCCAAGGAGAAGCGCGACCGGGAGCGGCGCAGGCACGGCCUCGGCGGGCCGGGCGAGGCCGGCGGGGCCGCGCGCGAGGAGAACGGGGACGUGAAGCCGCAGCCGCGAGAUAAAAUCAAAGAUAAAAUUAAAGAGAGAGAUAAAGAAAAAGAGAGAGAGAAAAAGAAGCAUAAAGUAAUGAAUGAGAUCAAGAAAGAGAAUGGGGAAGUAAAGAUUUUGCUGAAAAGUGGGAAGGAGAAACAAAAAACAAAUGUAGAAGACUUACAAAUUAAAAAGGUAAAGAAGAAAAAGAAAAAGAAACAUAAAGAGAAUGAAAAACGGAAGCGUCCAAAAAUGUACAGCAAAUCUAUUCAAACCAUCUGCUCAGGAUUGCUAUCUGAUGUUGAAGAUCAAGAGGCCAAAGGCAUCCUAAAUGAUAACAUAAAGGAUUACAUUGGAAAUACUCUGGAUAACAAGAACUAUGAUUCCAAAAUUCCUGAGAACAGUGAUUUUCCAUUUGUCUCAUUGAAAGAGCCACGGGUUCAGAAUAACCUCAAAAGGUUGGACACUUUGAAGUUCAAACAGCUCAUUCAUAUUGAGCACCAGCCUAAUGGAGGGGCAUCAGUUAUCCACGCAUACAGCAAUGAACUCUCCAACCUGUCUCCUGUGGAGAUGGAGAGGUUUGCAGAAGAGUUUGUGGGUCUAGUAUUCAGUGAGAAUGAAAACUCUGCAGCUUUCUAUGUAAUGGGUAUUGUUCACGGGGCAGCUACUUACUUACCUGACUUUUUAGACUACUUCUCAUUUAAUUUUCCCAAUUCACCAGUGAAAAUGGAGAUAUUGGGAAAGAAGGAUAUAGAGACUACAACUAUGUCCAAUUUUCAUGCUCAGGUAAAAAGAACGUAUUCUCAUGGUACUUACAGAGCUGGCCCCAUGCGGCAGAUCAGCUUGGUGGGAGCAGUGGAUGAAGAAGUGGGAGAUUACUUCCCCGAGUUCCUUGACAUGUUGGAAGAUUCACCAUUUUUAAAAUGUACACUGCCAUGGGGGACACUAUCUAGUCUAAAAUUAGAGUGUCGAAAAGAUAGUGAUGAUGGUCCCAUUAUGUGGGUACGUCCUGGAGAACAAAUGAUCCCUGUGGCUGAUAUGCCAAAGUCACCUUUCAAAAGGAAAAGAACUACCAAUGAAAUUAAAAACCUGCAGUACCUACCUCGAACUAGUGAGCCUCGUGAGAUGCUCUUUGAAGACAGGACAAGAGCCCAUGCGGACCACAUAGGACAAGGUUUUGAACGACAGACUACAGCUGCUGUUGGAGUACUGAAAGCUGUACACUGUGGAGAGUGGCCUGAUCAACCUCGAAUAACCAAAGAUGUAAUUUGCUUCCAUGCUGAAGAUUUCUUAGAAGUAGUUCAGCGAAUGCAGUUAGAUUUACACGAACCACCCCUGUCCCAGUGUGUCCAAUGGGUUGAUGAUGCAAAACUUAAUCAAUUGAGGCGAGAAGGUAUUCGCUAUGCCAGGAUUCAGCUGUAUGAUAAUGACAUUUAUUUUAUUCCAAGGAAUGUUGUUCAUCAGUUCAAGACAGUUUCAGCUGUGUGCAGUUUAGCAUGGCACGUUCGGCUCAAGUUGUAUCACUCAGACGAGGACACUGUUCAGAAUACAACUACUCAUGUAACAGGCACAUUAUCAGAUUCCACAUCUUCAGUUCUUGGACCUUGUAUUGAUAACAUGGCUAGUGCUGUAAGCAAAAGUUCCUUGGAUCUUGUUUUGUCAGACAAGCUUCACUCUACACACGAAUUACAGCAGAUUAAACAUGAACCUAUGUCAUCUGUAAGAAUCAAGGAAGAACCUAUGAAUGUUUGUAUUUCUGAAAAGACUAGAGCACAGAAUAAUAUGGAUAGCAAGAAUGUUAAAGCAAAGUUGGAUCAUGUUCAAUUCACAGAAUUUGAGAUGGACAUGGACUCUAAAUUUGAAAAUAGCAACAAAGAUUUAAAGGAAGAAUUGUGUCCUGGAAGCCACAUAAGUCUAGUUGACACAAGGCAACAUAAUUCAGCACAUUCAAAUCAAGAUAGAAAAGAUGAUGACAUUUUGUGUUAAAUUUGUACAUACCACUUAAAAAAAUUGUUUUUUAAAAACAACAGCUUAAUAAUGUAAUAAAGAUUCAUGAAUUCUGAAUGCAAGUCAGAGACUUGCUCCCAAAUCCUGUUACAAAAUAUAGUUUAUGUAGCUUUGUAACAUUCCUCAGUGCCUGUCCAUAACUGUGAAUUAUCAAAGCACUUAGGGCCAGUUGCACUGUAAACACUGCAGGUCUAAACAGAAUUCUUUAAAAAAGUUAUUUGAGUUGGAGUUCUACGUUUUAAAACAGAACUGAUAUUAUCAUUUAUGUGUGUGUGUGUGAUGUGUGUUGUGUGUGAAUGUGUGUGUGGAUGUUUGUGUAUACAUGUAUGUUUGUGUACAUAUAUUCACACACAUAUGCACGCAUGCAUACUUUUUUUUCCCAUAAUAUGAGCCAGAAUUCUUUUUUUGACAAUUUAUGGCUUUUCCAUAGAGCUUGUUUAUACAGUCUUCCCACCCCCCAUUUUAAAUAUGUCAACACAGUAGUGUAAAUAAAUUUAAAAAUUCUUUUUAGUGUGAUUUAUACUGAAAUGUGAGCCACUUAAUAAAGGUUCAUAUAAUAAAUGUUUUCUGUUGGGAUGGAGAAAAGAUUAACAAUUCAGUUACAUCAUUUGAUCUAUUAAGUUUCUGUUGGUAUAUCCAUUUAUGAUAGUAAUGGAGUACAAAUAUAUAUUUUUCAAAUUAUCAAUACUUAAAUUUCCCACACUGCAAGCAUUUUAAAGAUUGUUAUGAAGGAUGUGUGUGUUAGUGUGUGUACGUAUGUGUCUAUGGGAAUAUAUGCUUACCAUAUAUUGCAUAAGUGCUGAAUGAUAUGUGACUUGGAGUACUUUUAAAAUAAAUAUUAAGAGCAGUUUAGGUAAUAAUUUUAGAAAGUUUGGAGAAACAAGGUCUAUUAAUGACAUCUAACUUUUCUAAAUUAUGUGGCCAGAUUAAUUAGUCCUAAAAUACACUUAAAAACCAGCUGAAUAAAAAUCUUUAGUUUCAGGAAGUUUACUUGUAAGCAAUUAGGAUCCUCUUUUACAGUUUUCUUACAAAUAGGAGGAAAGUAAGGCAAAUACAAAGUCUUAAAAUAAGGGCAAUGACUAACUGCCAUAUAUAGAGAUAAAACUAAGAAAAUAGGAUAUUUCGUCAGCUCUCUAAGGAUCUCUAGUCCUUACCCUAGCAAGGUAAAUAGAAUUUUCUCAAAAGAAGCUCUACAAAAGAAAAUUGGGAUAGGAAACAGGAUUGCCAUUGCCUCACUAAAGAUAAUUUAAAACAAAACUCAGUGAGCACUAUUUCAGAUUGCAUUCACUGCUACCACUGCUGUAAUCAAGUCAAACAAAUCUCCUUACUGUAGCCUUAUGUAAAGAACUCUGCUUAUUACAAAUGUAGUUUAUUUGUCUUUAGUAUUCCGGGCUCAUGCUUUGAUGAAUUUCAAAGAGAGAGAGAGAGAGAGAGAGAGAGAGAGAGAGAGAGAGAGAGAGAGAGUGUGUGUGUGUGUGAGAGAGAGAGAGCGAGCGAGAAUUUCAGUGUGUGUGUGUGUGUGUGCGUGUGUGUGUGUGUGUGUGUGUGUGUGUGUGUGUGUGUGUGUCCUUGUUUGCGUGUGCAUGCACACACAUUGCCGUUUGGGCUAAUGUUCUAUUUCAGUGGCUUCCGUUCAAGUCUCAUCUAUGUUAUUUAUAAAACUGCUUAUCUUCUGGUUAUAAAGAAACUUCACUUAUAGACAUUUCAACAGUUGAAAAACAAAAAACCAAACUGCAGCAAUGAUGCCAUUUCUGGUCCUCAGUUUAAAAGGGUAGGAAAUCUUGGUGGUUUGUAGGAAAUCAAUAUAUUUGUAACAUAGGGAUUUUUAUGGGAUAAAGAAGGUAUAAUCAUGAUAAUGUAAAUAGGAAUUUUGUGGGUUGUCCCCCUUCCCCCCAAUGGACUUCUAUUUUAUAUAUUACUGUCUUAUUCUGUUCCUCAUUGCUUUGUGUAUUUGCAUCAAUCUUUUGGAGAAAGAUACAAGUUCAUAACAAACCAGUAUUGAGAAAUAGAUGGGGAUGUGGUUAAAAUGCAUUUUAUUGUUUUUAAUUGAAAAUUUAUAUAUGUAAUAGUUUGUUUUUCAAUUUUUUGGUAAUUUACACAUAGAUGCAUGAGGUCAUAUUGUAAUAAAGUGUCUUUAGGGAAUCCUUUCAAAAUAUAUGAGCCUUAAACUUUUAACUUUAAAACAUACCUAAAAUAACCAUAAUGGUUGCUUUUAGGCAGUUUCUUAUAUAACCUAUAUCCAAACUUCUCCAUAUUAAAAAAAAUUGUUUUGUAAAAUGCAUACCUCUGUUGGAGAUGAAAUAUAAAUCAGUGGGCUCAGAUUUCCAGUUACAGCCAUGUCACCUUGAAUAAUGCUUAUGUUUCUUGUCUUACGGGUUAUAAUUUUAAAAUCCUCUUGAGAUGCAGUCUGAGACCUUUUUGACUACCUUUGUUAUACACAAAUUAUUUCUAUUUCAAUAUUGCAUUAUAUUAAUGGUUUCUAGUUAGUACAUUCCAGUUCUUUUUUCUGAACACAGAUUUUUUGCUAUUAUUUCCAGUUUCUUGGAUCAGAACAAUGAAGCAGUUCAGAUAAUAGUUCCUACAUGAUCUAUAUAUUGUUACAUAAAUUAUUAAGUUGAUACACAGAUUUUUUAAAAAUUAAGGUAACUCAGUGGUGUCCGAUACAGUGCUUUUGUUUUUAAAUCACUUUUGUUUAUGCCCAUUUAGCUAUCUAAGUAAUAUAUAUUCCAUACUCAGGUUAGCUGGUUAGCUAGCAAAAAAAUUAAGCAUUUGUAAAAUUGGUUGAAAACUUUACUGAAGCCAUAUUCAUUGUAUUCCUCUCACUAAGGCUGUUGACCAUAAAGAAAGAUUAAGUUAAUCUAGUAUGACAUGUGUGUGUGUGUAUGUGUCCACACAUAACUAUGCUUUGUUCCACAUAAUCAUUUUUAAUCCAUUUCUGUAAGUUUGGGGGAGUCAUGAAAGGUAGGAAAGAUUUUAUUUUUUAGGUUAGCUUCAAGGUAUUUUAUUAGUGUUUGUGAGUGUAAGACAUUUUCCCUCGAAAUACUUAGAUAAUACCAUUUUGUAAAUAAUAAAUUAGCACUGUUUUGGUAAAUUUGCAUUGAGUUACUUUUUGGACAAAUUCACGUCAUGUAAAGCAAAUAUAAAAAAUACAUUUUAUUUUUAGCAAAGGUGCAAGAUUUGCUUUUGGAGUUUGAGAGGAGUUUUCCUUGUCUUCCACCUUUCAAUAAAUACUAAAACUGAUAACUAUA